CAGUCACGUGGAGCCCGUAGAGUCCACCUCGGCUCCGUCCAAACAGAACUUGAGCUACUAGCUGUCCGUGUGUAGGAGCGCCGUUCGGUGCUAAGCUGAUUCAUGUUGUUUUUUUAGCCACCCGUCCCUUUAAACUAGCCUAUUUAACCGAAGAAUGAGCGAUAACGAUGACAUCGAAGUCGAUAGUGACGAAGACUCACCGAGAUAUCACUCUGUGGCAGACAAACGGGCACACCACAAUGCGCUGGAGCGCAAGCGUAGGGACCACAUCAAAGACAGCUUUCACAGCCUCCGGGACUCGGUACCCUCCCUGCAGGGAGAAAAGGUUGGUAACGCUCAGCCUCAAUCUACCAAACAGGCGUCUCGAGCUCAAAUCCUAGACAAAGCCACAGAGUACAUCCAGUUCAUGAGGCGGAAAAACCACACACACCAGCAGGACAUCGACGACCUGAAGAGGCAGAACGCACUGCUUGAGCAACAAGUUCGUGCUCUGGAGAAAGUGAAGGGCUCGGCUCAGCUCCAGGCCAACUAUUCAUCGUCUGACAGCAGCCUGUACACCAACCCCAAAGGCAGCGCUGUGUCGGCUUUCGACGGCGGCUCUGACUCCAGCUCUGAGUCAGAGGCAGAAGAGCCACCCAGCAGGAAGAAGGUGCGCAUGGAGGCCAGCUAGAGAGCGAAGCGUGUUUAAAAAAAAAAAAAAAAAAAAAACAGAAAAAAAAGGAAAAAAAAAAACAGUUGCAGUCGAGGCGGCAGGGCAUAGUGAGAGAGAAGACAGCUCAUCAAACUCUCCUACCUUCAUGCCAACAACAACCCCGGGCUCCCUCGCCGUCCGAGUCGUCCUCUCUCCUCCGUCUUUGGGUGAGCUCGCGCGGGGAGACGUCGCCGUCUCCUCACAACCGCCGCCACAAUCGUCUCGCCAGCCAGUCUCCAUCCACAGGAGAGAAGACGUAAGCAGGGUGAAAGACGACUGUUUCAAUCCACCAAGAGAGCUUCAGGUCCUCCCCCCACCUAUUUUUGUUCUUCAUCAUUGGUAUCCUCCCCCUUCAUUAGCAACAUCAGUCCAAAACCUAAAAAGAGGCAGCUUGGCUACUUAAGGACUUGAUGCUUUCUUUGUACCCUCAGUCAAGCUCCUCCUCCUCCAAGUUUUUUUAUUUUUAUUUUUAUUUUUAUUUUUAUUUUUGGGAGGAAGGAUGAGCCAGGUGUACUCUUCCAAGCACUGCAAUAUUAUAGAGUUUUUGUUAUUGUUAUUCUUGAUUAAAACCUGUUUAGAAUUUACACACACACCUAGAUAAGAAAUCAUCCUGGAAAGGUCUACCUUUUUAAAAAUGAAGAGAAUACAUUUAUUUGUAGCUUUCUUUUUUCCCACUAAAGAAUGUGAAGAUGCUCUGAGCAGAUAAGUGAUAAAUGAUACCCACCUCAGGCCCACUGGAUUGCAGAUGUUUCCUGCAUCGCACACUUGUUAACACAAGAUGACAAAAAAAAAAGAGAGAGAAGCGUCCUCUGUUGAAAUCGAUGUUUUGAGCAAGAUUAUUCCUAAACUUGUAUCGUAUUUUGUCCUAUAGCUUGAAGUAGUGGAUGACUUUAGGUGGCUGAGUACGUUAGGCAUCUCAUUUUUAUAUAUUAUAAAAAGCAUUAAUUGGAUGUUUUCAAGUUCAAAAAGUAUGUUAUGCAUUUCUUUUAGUAAUCACACGAGUCAUGGGAUAAUGCCGAUUUGUCACAUGUAGUUUUCUUUAAGGGUAUGAACUAGUUUUUGAAUGUCAAAAGGUAGCCCCCCCCCCAUCUCCUGCAUUACAAGGAAGCAAAAUAAGUCCCUGUCAGUGUGUUGUGCUUUACACAGUAAAAAAUCAAUGUUGCUGAAUCCCCCAAGGAAAAAAAAAAAAUAAGGAAGCAUUUUCGUGUCUAGGAAAUGUGUGUGUAUGUAUAUUGUUUCAUUUUAUUUCCAUUUAGGAGGAUAUUAUUAGUGUAGUAGGUCUUUGUCCGAUUCCAUUCCAUGGAAGUUACAAGUAUGUUGUACAUACUGCCAACAAUUGUCUUGCAAGUUGAGGCCUACCUUUACUAUGAGACUAUAAAAUAAACUAUUUUAUCCUUUA